AAGCCGCUCAAUAUACAAUCCUAUAGCAUAUCUCCAGAUCGUAAGUUUGUGCUUUUAUCUUACGAUCACGAACAGAUAUUUAAGCAUUCUUUUACCGCCAAGUACAAAGUCUACAUCGUCGAAAGCGAGCAAGUACAGCCUUUUUUACCUGAUAUGCCUGAUGCCGUCUUUCAGUAUGUAACUUGGGGCAGCAAAUCAAGCCAACUGGCGUACGUAUAUCGGAAUAACAUCUAUCACCUUAAAUCCUAUGGAGAAGGGGCUAAACCAAUCGCCCUUACUCAGUCUGGCGAAGAAGGCGUUAUUUUCAACGGUCUUCCUGAUUGGGUAUACGAAGCGGAAGUGUUUCGAAGCAACAAAGCGCUCUGGUGGUGCCCGGACGACAAGAAGCUGGCCUAUGCAGUGUUCAAUGAUUCGCAGGUGGAUGUCAUGACGUAUCCCUGGUAUGGUUCUUAUGAGGACAGCACCAACAUCUAUCCAAAGACAAUCAGACUUAGAUAUCCAAAGCCGGGAAGGACCAAUCCAAAAGCUAGCCUUUGGGUGGCUGAUUUUACUCAAGCUUUUCCCGUGACGGAAGAAGUGAUGCCACCUCCAGAAAUCAAAGAUGAGGAUUACUACUUGACGAUGGUUCAGUGGAUUGAUGAAACUCGACUGAUGUCAAUCUGGCUGCGGCGGGUGCAGAACUCGUCUAUUGUGAGCAUCUGUACUACAGCUGAUAGUGGAUGGAUGUGUCACAAACACAUGCAAGAAGAUACCACCUAUGGCUGGGUCGACAUGUAUGAAGCUCCGGUGUUUUCUCAAGACAAGCGCCACUACUUCCUCAGGUUGCCUGUAGCUGACGGGAAGGCGGGCAGAUUUCGACACGUGGCCUCUUUUGAUUUAAAUAGUGACCGAAAGGACUUCUUGACCCAUGGCAGCUAUGACAUCACUCGGAUUUUGGCCUAUCUGGAAGAGGAACACUUUGUGUAUUACAUUACAACUCUUCCUGAACUGCCUGAACAAAGACAUUUGUUUGCAGUGAAAGACUUAUCAUCGGAUCAUCCCAGAGAACAAAAAUGCCUUACUUGCGAUUUGGACGAGAACUGCCUCUUCUAUAAUGCCUUGUUCAGCCACGGAGGGCACUACUUUGUACUAGAAUGCUUAGGUCCAGAUAUACCAAAAAUAGAAAUCAGGGAGACCUUGACGAAUCAACUCGUUAGGGUCCUGGACACAAAUAGUGAUUUGAUAGAAGCACUCGAGAAGAGAGCCCUACCUCAAAUAGAGACAUUUAAAGUGCCUUUGAAAGGUGGAUAUGAAGCCUCUGUUCGUUUGUAUUUGCCACCGCCUUUGAGAGAUAACGAAAUUAUCAAAUAUCCUCUAAUCCUACACGUCUGUGGAAGUCCAGGUAAUCAAUUAGUUACAGAGAAGUUCCAUAUUCACUGGGGAAGUUACUUGGCGAGCAACAAGAACUACAUCUAUGCCCACAUAGAUGGUCGAGGGAGUGGUUUCCAAGGAGAUAAGCGAGUACAGGAACUCUUUAGAAAAUUAGGAAACGCAGAAGUAGAAGAUCAACUUGUAGUAACAGAUUUCUUAGUAUCCAGUAGAUCGUACAUAGACCCAGAAAAAGUAGCACUGUGGGGAUGGUCGUAUGGUGGAUACACAGCUGUAUCUGCCCUUGCGACCGAGAAUGGAGUAUUUUCUUGCGGAAUCUCUGUGGCCCCCAUUACAAAUUGGCUGUACUAUGAUUCUGUAUAUUCGGAGAGAUACAUGCAAAGCCCAAAACCAGAAGACAACUACGUCGGUUAUGAGAAGGCAGAUGUUUCAAUAAAGGCAGAAUAUGUUCGUGGAAAGAAAUUUCUUCUCAUACACGGAACAGCAGACGAUGAUGUUCAUCUGCAACAUUCUAUGAUGCUUAUUAAAGCACUUACCAAUGCAGGAGUGUUAUUUAGAACGCAGGUGAGUACAAAAGAAUUUGAUGUACCUAGUUUCGUAGAAGUAUAUUUUCUAACCAUUAUAAAGCCAUUACGUGAUCAAUUCCAAAACCUAGCAAAUUUUUAAAAAGUAAUCUAUGUUUAAUUUUUAU